CUCGGGUCGGGCCGGGUUCGCGGCGGGGCUGCGGGGCUGCGGGGCUGCGGGUCCGCGGGCGGGGCGGACGGGCGCGCGCGGUGGCGCGCGGUCCCGACGGGCCGGAGGAGGAGGGGCGCCGGUGACGCUGCGGGAGCCGCUGCCAGCGCCGGACGGAGUCGGCGGCCGGGCGGAGGACGGGCAGGCCGACCCUCGGACGCAGCCCCGGGCCGAGCCGCGGGCUUCCUGGCGAGGCCGGGCGGCCGCGAGCCCCGGCGGGAAGAUGUUCAACGUGGAGUCCCUGGAGCGGGUGGAGCUGUGCGAGAGCCUCCUCACUUGGAUCCAGACAUUUAAUGUGGAUGCACCAUGCCAGACCGUGGAAGAUUUAACGAAUGGGGUUGUGAUGGCCCAGGUUCUCCAAAAGAUAGAUCCUGCAUAUUUUGAUGAAAAUUGGCUAAACAGAAUCAAAACUGAAGUAGGAGAUAAUUGGAGGCUAAAGAUAAGCAAUUUAAAGAAAAUUUUGAAAGGAAUCCUGGAUUACAAUCAUGAGAUUUUAGGGCAGCAAAUUAAUGACUUUACCCUCCCUGAUGUGAACCUUGUUGGGGAGCAUUCUGAUGCCGCAGAGCUGGGAAGGAUGCUCCAACUCAUUUUAGGCUGUGCUGUGAACUGUGAACAGAAGCAAGAGUACAUCCAAGCCAUCAUGAUGAUGGAGGAAUCUGUCCAACACGUUGUCAUGACAGCCAUCCAGGAGCUGAUGAGUAAAGAGUCUCCUGUCUCUGCUGGGAACGAUGCCUAUGUUGACCUUGAUCGCCAGCUGAAGAAAACUUCAGAGGAACUGAAUGAAGCUUUGUCGGCCAAGGAAGAAAUUGCUCAAAGGUGCCAUGAGUUGGAUCUGCAGGUUGCAGCAUUGCAAGAGGAGAAAAGUAGUCUGUUGGCAGAGAAUCAGGUAUUAAUGGAAAGGCUGAAUCAGUCUGAUUCUAUAGAAGAUCCUAACAGUCCAGCAGGAAGAAGGCACCUGCAGCUCCAGACUCAGUUAGAACAGCUCCAAGAAGAAACAUUCAGACUUGAAGCAGCCAAAGAUGACUAUCGAAUACGCUGUGAAGAGUUACAGAAGGAGAUGUCUGAACUUCGGCAGCAGAACGAUGAACUGACCGCUUUGGCAGAUGAUGCUCAGUCUCUAAAAGAUGAAAUAGACGUUCUUAGACAUUCUUCUGAUAAAGUGUCUAAACUAGAAGGCCAAGUGGAAUCAUAUAAAAAGAAGCUAGAAGAUCUUGGUGAUUUGAGGCGGCAGGUUAAACUCUUAGAAGAGAAGAAUACUAUGUAUAUGCAGAACACAGUUAGCCUAGAGGAGGAGCUGAGAAAAGCCAACGCGGCUCGAAGUCAACUCGAGACGUAUAAGAGACAGGUAGUAGAACUGCAAAAUAGAUUAUCUGAAGAAUCGAAGAAAGCAGAUAAAUUAGAUUUUGAAUAUAAGCGGCUAAAAGAAAAAGUUGACAGUCUUCAAAAAGAAAAGGAUAGGUUAAGAACAGAAAGGGAUUCUCUGAAGGAAACCAUCGAAGAGCUUCGUUGUGUUCAGGCUCAAGAAGGGCAACUCACAACUCCAGGGUUAAUGCCUCUGGGAAGUCAGGAAUCUUCAGAUAGUCUGGCAGCAGAGAUCGUCACACCUGAAAUCAGGGAGAAACUUAUUCGUCUUCAGCAUGAGAAUAAGAUGUUAAAAAUUAACCAGGAGGGUUCAGACAAUGAAAAAAUCGCCUUAUUGCAGAGCCUUCUAGAUGAUGCCAGCCUACGCAAGAAUGAACUGGAGACAGAGAACAGGCUGGUGAAUCAAAGACUUCUGGAAGUACAGUCACAAGUCGAAGAAUUGCAAAAAUCUUUACAGGAUCAAGGCUCAAAGGCAGAAGAUGCUAUUUCAGUUCUUCUAAAAAAGAAGCUUGAAGAACAUCUAGAGAAGCUGCAUGAGGCCAAUAAUGAGCUGCAGAAGAAGAGAGCCAUCAUCGAGGACCUUGAGCCGAGAUUUAACAACAGCUCCUUAAAAAUUGAAGAAUUACAAGAAGCUUUACGGAAGAAAGAAGAGGAAAUGAAGCAAAUGGAAGAAAGAUAUAAAAAAUACUUAGAGAAAGCCAAAAGUGUUAUCCGUACUUUAGAUCCUAAACAAAAUCAAGGAGCAGCACCAGAAAUACAAGCUCUUAAAAAUCAGCUCCACGAAAGGGAUCGGCAGUUCCAUUCAUUGGAGAAAGAAUAUGAGAAAACAAAGAGUCAAAGAGAGAUGGAGGAGAAAUAUAUUGUUAGUGCCUGGUACAAUAUGGGAAUGACUCUGCAUAAAAAGGCGGCAGAAGACAGACUUGCUAGUACAGGUUCGGGGCAGUCAUUCCUGGCGAGGCAGAGACAAGCCACCAGCACGAGAAGGUCUUACCCGGGCCACGUCCAGCCAGCCACAGCAAGGUAGACAAGUCCUGCCAUUAGAAUAAAAAACACACCGCAUUCAAAGCAUACUUCUGUUACAUAUAACAUUUCAGGAAAUUCAGCCAGCUUAUAUUUUGUCUGUAUUUCAUGUUACUAUUUAGUUGUUUCUCAUUUGAGGACUUUCUCUCUUCUGUAUCUAUAAUGUUUUAGUUUCUUGGUCCUUUAUUUUGUAGUCCUUUUGGUUCCUUUUAAUGUGCCAAAAUAUUUUUAAAUGCCCAAUUAAAAGUGUUGUAUAUUAGUGUAGUACUUUUCUUUGUAUGAAAAUGUCCUUUCCCCAAUGGUGUAGGCUUUGUAAUGAAUUAGAUUUUCUGCCAAUAAUUGAUAUACAAUUUAUAUUCUUUACUGUGCCUCUGUGUUACCAUGCUUUCUAAGAAUGUCUUUGUUUAAAGGGAAUUAAUCUUUUUAUGAUGUAUUAAUCUGUGUUUUCAGUUGUUUUCCAAAUGCACUUCAAAUAACUUGCAUACUUACUAUGUAAAAUGGUUGGCAAGUGCACUUUUUGCAAAGACAUAAAUACAUUGGCAGAGGUGCUAAUCAGAUCUUACCUAAGGCACCUGAUAGAACUAUUUAGAGGGAAAAACUGAGUUUUCACAUUGUUUUAUAGGAAAUUAAAUUUGUCCAAAGAUUUGGAAACUAUUUUUAAAACAUAAAUAGAAUUUCAUUAUUUCCUACUAUCUUAUUUGCUGGCAGAAGUGAAUGCACUGGUUAGGUUAUUUGGGGAGAAGUUACAGAAGAAAAAAAAUCAGGCAGUGUGUUCAUUUUUUUUCUUUUUUUGGAAUAUCACAGUAACUGAGGAUCAGAUUCUAGCAAUGGGCUGACAUUUCGUUGCAACUGCCCUCCACAUAUAAAAGUAUAUAAAAGAUGUGUUUUUUAUAUACUUAUGAGUCAUAGGUGGCCUUACCUUUGGGGUAAUUUCCUUGUUGACUUGCACCUCAUUUGUCUUACUUAUUCCUUAACAUAAAACCUUCUAUUUCUCAAUAAUUCCUAAUACUUAACAUCUUAGUAUCAGUCGUUAGGAUCAAUAAGUGACUUCUUGUGUCUGAUGUUAUGACAGGUGGCUGUCAUAUUUUUUCUUAAUUCUAUGUACUAGUCUAAGAGUUUGCUACUGAGUAGAUUCUCUUGGGUAUUUGGUUGCCCCAAAGUGCUUACAUUUGUUGACAGAUUAUAAACUAUGUUUAUUUACAUUGA